AGAAUAUGAUGCGUCAUUUUGUUGCGUUUACAUUGCUGCUAUUCGUUUUGGAAAUCUCAGUCGAGGCGAGCAAGAACGAAGUCUUUGCUCCUGCAGAUCUUUGCUUCGUCCAUACUCCUCGUACAUGCAAAGCACACUGCUUGGAAAGUAACUGCCAAAACGGACGCUGCAAAUUUGUAGAAGUGCAAGGAGGACAUUUCCUCGCAUUGCGAUGUGUCUGUGAGGAUUGUCCCGGUGAUCAACAGAGGAAGGAACAGCUUCAUUGAACAGAUGCACGUCUUUUGAGCUUUUUGCGCAAACCACCAUUUUGAAUUUAUUAUGAUGC